CAGUGACAAAGCAGGAAGUGCUGCACCACCUGGUCCUGGCUGAUGCAUUAAAGCCCAGGAAGGAGCCCUGUUCCACAGAGUUCGCCUCUGAGCCUGGGCCACCUACCUUCCUGGGAUUGCAACCCCGCCUCUGACUCCACAUCUCCAAGUGUGUGCUGUCCUACAGGAUGCUUCCCAGCCCGGACCACAUACUGCGGCUCCUAGGGCUUGACAAGACCUCAUUCCACAUCAGUACUUCAUCUGUCCUGCUCCUCGUCUUCCUCCUCGCCUUCUCCUGGUUCCUCAGCCGGCUACUGGGCAGUGCUCAUCGCUACUAUGUCAACUGCCAGCGGCUCCGCUGUUUCCCCCAGCCACCCCGGAGGAAUUGGCUGCUGGGACAUCUGGGGAUGAUCAGACCCACGGAGGAGGGUCUGGUUCAGUUGAGUGAGCUGGUUGCCAUAUACCCCAGGGUUUUUAAUACUUGGUUGGGGCCCUUACUUCCUGUCCUCCAUUUCUGCCACCCUGACCUCAACAAGUCUAUUGUCACCGCAUCAGCUGCCAUUGCACCUAAGGAUGAACUCUUCUAUGGUUUUCUGAAACCCUGGCUGGGAGAUGGGCUGCUGCUGAGCAGAGGGGACAAAUGGGGCCGUCACCGCCGCAUGCUGACCCCAGCCUUCCACUUCGACAUCCUCAAGCCCUACAUGAAGAUCUUCAACCAGAGCACGAAUAUCCUGCAUGCGAAAUGGAGACGUCUGGCUCUGGGGAACAGCAUCAGUGUGGACAUGUUUGAGCACAUCAGCCUCAUGACUCUUGACAGCUUGCAGAAAUGUGUCUUCAGCUACAACAGCAACUGCCAAGAGAAGCCGAGCGACUACAUUGCUGCUAUCCUGGAGUUGAGUACCCUAGUGGUGAAGAGGCACGAGAAGCUGCAUUUGCACAUGGACUUCCUGUACAAGCUGACGGCCGAAGGGCGCCGUUUCCGCCAGGCCUGCCGCCUGGUGCACGACUUCACUGACGACGUCAUCCAGAAGCGGCGCCGCACCCUCGCUCACCAGGACCCUGAGUUCUGGCUGCAGGCCAAGAAAGGCAAGACCGUGGAUUUCAUCGAUGUGCUGCUGCUGGCCAAGGAUGAAGAUGGAAAGGCUCUUUCUGAUGAAGAUGUCCGGGCAGAGGUGGACACCUUCAUGUUUGAGGGACAUGACACCACAGCCAGUGGCCUCUCCUGGGUGCUGUAUAACUUGGCACAACACCAAGAAUAUCAAGAGAAAUGCCGGGAGGAGAUCCAGGAACUCCUGAAGGGGAGGGAGACAGAAGAGAUUGAAUGGGAAGACCUCUCCCAGAUGCCCUUCCUCACCAUGUGCAUCAAGGAGAGCCUGAGGCUCCACCCCCCAGUCACGGUCAUCUCCCGCUGCUGCACCGAGGACAUCACCCUGCUCGAUGGACGGGUCAUCCCCAAAGGGAAUACCUGUAUGAUCAGCAUCUUUGGAACUCAUCACAACCCAGCUGUCUGGCCAGAUCCUGAGGUGUAUAAUCCAUACCGCUUUGAUCCUAACAACUCUGAGAAGAGGUCACCACUGGCGUUUGUGCCCUUUUCAGCCGGGCCCAGAAACUGCAUCGGCCAGACGUUUGCCAUGUCUGAGAUGAAGGUAAUGGUGGCCCUGACCCUUUUACAUUUCCGGGUGCUGCCCAACGGAGAGGCCGCACCCCGACGGAAGCCGGAGCUGAUCCUGCGAGCGGAGAAAGGGCUGUGGCUGAAGGUGGAGCCUCUGCAGGCCCAGCACUGAGUUGGGGAUGUAGGGAUCCCCCUCAGGCCAGGUCAGCCCCAUCCCUGGAGCAAGGAAUGGAAGAGCCAGCCGACCUGGUCAGAAAGUGACCAGUCCAAGCUUACCAAACUGUAGUUGGUUGUGAUUGCUUCUAGACUGUGGGACCGCUGUUGGGUAGGGACCAUCUCUAUAUGUUACAAACUUGUACUUCCCAAGCACU